AGCCCGAGAGGAGCCAUGGCCCCAGGCUGCGCGCGCCUCUGGGUCCUGGUGCUGCUGGGCGCCAGCUGCACGGGCUGGGGGAGCUGGGGGAGCUGGGGGAGCUGGGGGGCCGAAGCGGCGCGGCUCAGGCAGUUCUACGUGGCUGCUCAGGGCAUCAGCUGGAACUACCGCCCUGAGCCCCCCGACCCCAGCUCAAAUACUUCCUUUAAGAAAAUUGUCUACAGAGAGUAUGAACCAUAUUUUCAGAAAGAAAAACCACGAUCCAAAAUUUCAGGACUUCUUGGGCCUACUCUAUAUGCUGAAGUUGGAGACAUCAUAAAAGUUCACUUUAAGAAUAAGGCAGACAAGCCCAUAAGCAUCCAUCCUCAAGGAAUUAAAUACAGCAAAUUCUCAGAAGGUGCUUCUUACUCUGACCACACAUUCCCUAUGGAGAAGAUGGAUGAUGCCAUAGCUCCAGGACAAGAAUACACCUAUGAAUGGCAUAUCAGUGAGGACAGCGGGCCCACACACAAUGACCCUCCAUGCCUUACACACAUCUAUUACUCCUAUGACAAUUUGAUACAGGACUUCAACUCUGGGCUGAUUGGACCUCUGCUUAUUUGUAAGAAAGGCACCCUCACUGAGAAUGGGAUUCAGAAGAUGUUUGACAAACAACAUGUGCUGAUGUUUGCUGUGUUUGAUGAAAGCAAGAGCUGGAGCCAGUCAUCAUCUUUAAUGUACACAGUCAAUGGCUAUGUGAAUGGGACAAUGCCAGAUAUCACAGUUUGUGCCCAUGACCACAUUAGCUGGCAUCUGAUUGGAAUGAGCUCUGGGCCAGAACUGUUCUCCAUUCAUUUCAAUGGCCAGGUCUUGGAGCAGAAUCAUCAUAAGAUCUCAGCCAUCACCCUUGUCAGUGCUACAUCCACUACUGCAAACAUGACUAUGAGCCCACAGGGAAAGUGGAUCAUAUCUUCUCUCAUCACAAGACAUUUUCAAGCUGGGAUGCAGGCUUACAUAGACAUUAAAAACUGUGCAAAGAAAACCAGGAAUCCUAAGAAACUGACUCGUGACCAGAGGCGGUACAUGAAGAGGUGGGAAUACUUCAUCGCUGCUGAAGAAGUCAUUUGGGACUAUGCACCUGUAAUACCAGCAAAUAUGGACAAAAAAUACAGAUCUCUGCAUUUGGAUAAUUUCUCAAACCAAAUUGGGAAACAGUAUAAGAAGGUUGUCUACAAACAGUAUCAAGAUGAGUCUUUCACCAAGCGUUUGGAGAAUUUGAAUAUCAAAGAAGAUGGGAUCUUGGGCCCUGUUAUCAGAGCCCAGGUCAGAGACACACUCAAAAUCGUGUUCAAAAAUAUGGCCAGCCGUGUCUACAGCAUUUACCCUCAUGGAGUGACCUUCUCUCCUUAUGAAGAUGAAGUCAACUCUUCCUUCACUUCAGACAAUAACACCAUGAUCAGAGCAGUUCAACCAGGGGAAACCUAUACUUAUAAGUGGAACAUCCUAGAGUCUGAUGAACCCACAGAAAAUGAUGCACAGUGCUUAACGAGACCAUACUACAGUAAUGUGGACGUCACAAGGGACAUUGCCUCUGGGCUGAUUGGGCUACUUCUAAUUUGUAAGAGCAGAUCCCUGGAUAAGCGAGGCAUACAGAGGGCAGCAGACAUUGAGCAGCAGGCUGUGUUUGCUGUGUUUGAUGAGAACAAGAGCUGGUACAUUGAGGACAAUAUCAACAAGUUCUGUGAAAAUCCUGAUAAGGUGAAACGUGAUGACCCCAAGUUUUAUGAAUCAAACAUCAUGAGCACUAUCAAUGGCUAUGUGCCCGAGAGUAUACCCACACUAGGAUUCUGCUUUGAUGACACUGUCCAGUGGCACUUCUGCAGUAUAGGGACCCAGGAUGACAUUUUGACCAUUCACUUCACUGGGCAUUCAUUCAUCUAUGGAAAGAGACAUGAAGACACCUUGACCCUCUUCCCUAUGCAUGGGGAAUCUGUGACCGUCACAAUGGAUAAUGUUGGAACUUGGAUGUUAACUACAAUAAAUUCCAAUCCAAGAAGCAAAAACCUAAGGCUGAGAUUCAGGGAUGUUAAGUGUAUCCGGGAUGAUUAUGAAGACUCCUAUGAGAUUAUAUAUGAAUCUCCAGCACCUACAGUCAUGACUACACGGAAAAUGCGUGAUUCCCCAGAAGACAAUGGUGAUGAGAAUGAUGCUGACUAUGAUUACCAGAACAACCUGGCUUCAUGGUUAGGAAUUAGGUCAUUCAGAAAUUCAUCACUUAAUCAAGAGGAAGAUGAGUUUAAUCUUACUGCCCUAGCUCUGGAGAACAAUUCUGAAUUCGAUCCUCCAAAUACCGAUACAGCUUUUAAUUCCAAUUCUUCUUCCUUACGUAAUUUUAGCAGGCCUAUUGUCUAUAACUUUGCAAAACCUCAGAAAACUCUUCCUCACCCAGAAGCCACCACAGCUGGUCCCCCUCUGGGACACAUUGGCUUAGACAAGAACUCAGUUCUCAACCAUUCCACAGCAGAGCAUUCCAGCCCUUAUUCUGAAGAUUCUAUGGAGGAUCCUCUGCAGUCAGAUAUCACAGGGGUAAAAUUACUUCCACUUGAUGCAGAAGGAUUCAGGAAUCAAGAACAUGCUAGGCAUAAGGGAAGAGAGCACACAGCAAAGCACAAGUUCUCCCAGGUGGGAUUUUCAGCACCUAAACCUGGGAGACAUUUAAGCCAAGGCAACUCUUCUCCUUCCAGAAUAGGACCCUGGAAAGACCUUCCCAAUGAUCUGUUACUUUUAAAACAAAAGAAUCCAUCUAAGAUUUUGAAUGGGAAAUGGCAUCUUGUUUCUGAGAAAGGUAGUUAUGAAAUAGUCCCAGAUGCUGAUGAAGACAUGGCUGUUGAUAAGCUGCUGGACAGCCCCCAGAAUACAUCAAAGUCUUGGGGAGAAAGCAUCCCACUCUCAAACAACCACAGAAAGCAGAGUGGUUACCCAAAAUUUUCUGGAGUUAGAAAUAAAACUCUACAAGUAAAAUGGGACAGAGGAAAUGGUGGAUUGAAGAAAAGCCUUUUUCUCAUUAAGACACGAAAAAAGAAAAAAGAACAGAAGCUUGCACACCCUAUUCCUCUAUCUCCAAGGAGCUUCCAUCCUCUAAGAGGAAAGGCCAAUACCACAUUUUCAGUCAGGAGACUUGAUCAUUCAUCAUUACUCCAUAAAUCCAAUGGAAGAUCUUUUCCUGCAGACCUCAAUCAGAUAUUCCCCUCUGUGAAUCUUACCCUGUUAGCCUCACUUCCUGACCAUAAUCAGAAUCCCCCAAAUGACACCAGUCAAACAAGCUCCCCUUUAGAUCUUUAUCAGACAGUACUCCCAGAAGAACACUAUCAAACAUUCCCUAUUCAAGACUCUGAUUCAAUGCACUCCACUGUGGACUCUAGUCACACAUCUCCCCCAGAGCCUGGCCAGAUGCAGGACUAUGACCUAAGACACGAGCCCUUCCCUACUGACAUUGGUCAAAUGUUCCCCUCCUUGGAACCUGAAGCCUGGCAGGCAACCAUCUCUGCAGAUCUCGACCAGACAACACUUUCUCCAGACCUCAGCAAGGCAACCCUUUCUCCAGACUUCGACCAAACAACGCUUUCUCCAGACCUCGACCAGACAACCUUUUCUCCAGACCUUGACCAGACAACCUUUUCUCUAGACUUCGACCAAACAACGCUUUCUCCAGACCUCGACCAGACAACCUUUUCUCCAGACCUUGACCAGACAACCUUUUCUCCAGACCUCAGCCAGACAACCCUUUCUCCAGACCUCAGUAAGACAACCCUUUCUCCAGACUUUGACCAAACAAUGCUUUCUCCAGACCUCGACCAGACAACCUUUUCUCCAGACCUCGACCAGACAACCUUUUCUCCAGACCUCAGCCAGACAACCCUUUCUCCAGACCUCAGUAAGACAACCCUUUCUCCAGACUUUGACCAAACAACGCUUUCUCCAGACCUCGACCAGACAACCUUUUCCAGACCUUGACCAGACAACCUUUUCUCCAGACCUCAGCCAGACAACCCUUUCUCCAGACUCAGUAAGACAACCCUUUCUCCAGACUUUGACCAAACAACGCUUUCUCCAGACCUCGACCAGACAACCUUUUCUCCAGACCUCAGCCAGACAACCCUUUCUCCAGACCUCAGUAAGACAACCCUUUCUCCAGACUUUGACCAAACAACACUUUCUCCAGACCUCGACCAGACAACCUUUUCUCCAGACUUUGGCCAGACGAUCCUUUCUCCAGACUUUGAUCAGAUUCUCCUUUCCCCAGACCUCAGCCAGGCAACUCUCUCUCCAGACAUUAGUCAAACAGCCCUUCCUCCUGAUCUCAGGCAGACAUCACUUCCCCUAGACCUUGAUCAGACAUCCUACACCUCUGAAUCUAGUCCAUCAGUUCUUCUUCCAGAAUUUGGUCAGACUUUGCCUUAUCCAGACCUUGGUCAAGUGCCAUCUCUCACACCAUCUCCUACCCUAAAUAAUGCUUUUCCACCAGAGGAACUUAAUCCACCAGUUGUAGUAGGUCUCAGUGCAAAUGACGGAGAUUAUAUUGAGAUUAUUCCAAGGCAGAAGGAAGAGAGCAGUGAAGAAUACUCUGCUGAAAUUGGUUAUGUGACCUAUGAUAACCCUUACCAAACUGACACUAGGACAGACAUUAACUCCUCCAGAAAUCCUGACAACAUUGCAGCAUGGUACCUCCGCAGCAACAAUGGAAACAGAAAAUAUUAUUACAUUGCUGCUGAAGAACUAUACUGGGAUUAUUCAAAAUUUGCUCAAAGUGAAGAUGUCGAUGACCAUACACAUGCUCAAGAGAACACCGUAUACAAGAAAGUAGUCUUUCGAAAGUACCUUGAUAGCACUUUUACCAAACGUGAUCCUUUGGGGGAGUAUGAAGAGCAUCUCGGCAUUCUUGGUCCUGUUAUUAGAGCUGAAGUGGAUGAUGUUAUUCAAGUUCGUUUUAAAAAUUUAGCAUCCAGACCAUACUCUCUUCAUGCCCAUGGGCUUUCCUAUGAAAAAUCAUCAGAGGGAAAGACUUAUGAAGAUGAUUCUCCUGAAUGGUUUAAGGAAGAUAAUGCUGUUCAGCCAAAUAGCAGUUAUACGUAUGUAUGGCACGCCACCACACGAUCUGGGCCGGAAAAUCCUGGCUCUGCCUGUCGGGCGUGGGCCUACUACUCAGCAGUAAACCCGGAAAAGGAUAUCCAUUCUGGCUUGAUAGGUCCCCUUCUGAUCUGUCGAAAAGGAGUACUUGAUAAGAGCAACAUACCCAUGGAUAUAAGAGAAUUCAUCUUACUUUUUAUGGUCUUUGAUGAGAAGAAGAGCUGGUACUAUAAAAAGAAGGCCCAGUCCCCAAGGUCUUGGAGACUUACAUCCUCAGAAGCAAAACACUCUCAUGAGUUUCAUGCCAUCAAUGGGAUGACCUACAACUUGCCCGGCCUGAGAAUGUACGAGCAAGAGUGGGUGAGGUUGCAUCUGUUGAACAUGGGCGGCUCCCGAGACAUCCAUGUGGUUCAUUUUCAUGGCCAGACCUUGCUGGAAAAUGGCACUCAACAGCACCAGCUCGGGGUCUGGCCCCUGCUGCCUGGUUCAUUUAAAACUCUUGAAAUGAAGUCAUCAAAACCUGGUUGGUGGCUCCUCAACACAGAGGUUGGAGAAUACCAGAGAGCAGGGAUGCAAACACCAUUUCUCAUCAUAGACAGAGAAUGUAAGAUGCCAAUGGGACUAAGCACUGGCAUCAUAGCUGAUUCACAAAUUAAGGCUUCUGAGCAUUUGGGUUAUUGGGAGCCCAAAUUAGCAAGAUUAAAUAAUGGUGGGUCAUAUAAUGCUUGGAUCCCAGAAAAUCCUUCAACAGAACUUGACUCUAAACCUUGGAUCCAGAUAGACAUGCAGAGGGAGGUCGUAUUCACAGGGAUCCAGACACAAGGUGCCAAACAGUAUCUGAAGUCCUACUACACCAUGGAGUUCUAUGUGGCAUACAGCUCUGACCGGACAAACUGGCAGAUCUUCAAAGGCAACAGUACAAGGAAUGUGAUGUAUUUUGAUGGCAAUUCAGAUGCCUCUACAAUAAAAGAGAAUAAUUUUGACCCACCAAUUGUGGCUAGAUAUAUUAGGAUCACUCCAACUAGAUCCUAUAAUAGACCUGCUCUUCGAUUGGAGCUGCAAGGUUGUGAGGUUAACGGAUGCUCCACGCCACUGGGCAUGGAAAGUGGAAAAAUAGAAAACAAGCAAAUCACAGCCUCCUCAUUUAAAAAAUCUUGGUGGGGAGAUUACUGGGAACCCUUCCGUGCCCGUCUUAAUGCCCAGGGUCGUGUGAAUGCCUGGCAAGCCAAGGCAAACAACAACAAACAGUGGUUACAAAUUGAUCUGCUCAAAAUCAAGAAAAUAACUGCAAUUGUAACACAGGGUUGCAAGUCUCUGUCCUCCGAAAUGUAUGUGAAAAGCUACACCAUCCACUACAGUGACCAGGGAAUGGAAUGGAAGCCUUACAGGCAGAAAUCCUCCAUGGUGGACAAGAUUUUCGAAGGAAAUAAUAAUGUCAAAGGACACGUGAAGAACUUUUUCAACCCACCAAUUAUUUCCAGGUUUAUCCGCAUCAUUCCUAAAACAUGGAAUCAAAGUAUUGCACUUCGCUUGGAACUCUUUGGCUGUGAUAUUUACUAGAAUUGAAUAUUCAAGGACAUAGGAAAGACUCUUAAAGUUACCAAGCCAUUUAGAGAGGGAAAUGUAUUUUAUAACUAUUUUAAAUAUUAAUAAUUUUUACUAUUUCCCUUUUUUCUAUUAGAGAAUAAAGUUUUAUAUAUGAGACUUUCACAAUGUAAACUCCUUGCUACAAUUCAGCCAGAUGAUGGCUAUUAGUUCUUCAUUAAUCUGAAUAUAAAUGGGAAAAUAUCAAGAACCAAUGAGCAAAUGGCUUGUCUUUUACAAUGAUUAAAAAUGCUAUGUAAAGUGAUAUUCGUGUAGUUAGCAUGCUUCAUUAUAGUUCUUUUAAAACUCUGCAUACACUAAUAAAAAGAGAUACUACUUUUUUGAAAAGACAUUUAUAGACCUGGAUAAC